ACCUCAGAGGCAUGGGAUCUGGUUGAGGCACACUCAGCAUACGCUCCCCCUUUUCACUCUCUUCGUCCGUUCCUCUCUCUCCCUCGAUCACCGGCGUUGCUCAACCACCGCCGCUGCCACACUACCCACACAGCCACAUCCUUCACCAGCGAGCAUUGCCGUGGUUAUAUUGGUACUUUCAUUUUCUUGGGGUUGGACAUCUUUUCAAGUGACUCGUAACAGUUUCUUUUAGGUCAGAAGAAACGGACAAGAGUUGGAUGGAGAUAAAAAAUAGGUGGUCGAGUAAGGAGUAUAAACUAGGGGUGGAAUCUUUUAUAAAAUUUGCAAUGACGAAUUUAGAAGCGAAGGGUGAGAUUCAGUGUCCUUGUAUUGAUUGUGUAAAUAGCAUAACAAAUAGCAGUAUAGUUGUUAGGAUCCAUUUGAUAUGAAAAGGAAUCAACUCUUCUUACAAGACUUGGGUGCACCAUGGGGAACCUAUUCCCGCACGUUAGCCUCAAGCAACUAUGAUGACUACAAUGAAGGUAUUGGGGAAGAAACUGGAGGGGAGGUCCCUGAGGCUGGCAACGAAUUGCAUGAUAUGUUGGGAGUUGGGACAGAUUUUUGUUGGUAGCAUAUUGGAUGACGAUACCGAUGAACCGCCUAUUAAUCUUGAGAGGGGAGAUGCACAGGAUUUUGAAAGUUCAUUGCUGCUCAACGUAAAGCUUAUCCUGGAUGUGCAAAGAUUGUGCUAGCGUUCAUUGUUGAGAUGCUUCAUGUUAAAGUGUAUAAGAAGUUGACGAAUGAGGCGUUCGAUUUGAUAAUGAAGAUUAUUAAAGGGAUGGUACCGGACUGUGAUGAGACUGUUCCUUGGAACAUUUAUGAAGCGCAGAAAUACUUAAGGGAUUUGGGUUUGGGCUAUGUGCCCAUUCAUGCAUGCAUAAAUGACUGCGCACUCUUUUGGAAGGAGAAUGCAAAUUUGGAAAAUUGCCCAAAGUGUAAUGAGCCUAGGUAUAAGGUGAACAAUGGUACCGGUUAAAAGAGCCCCCCACAAGAUAUUGCGUUACUUGCCAUUGGUAAAAAGAUCCCCCACCUGUUCGUAUCGUCGCCUGGGCUUUGUUCGAUUUUGGGUUGGUUCUGAUUCUGAUUGAUUGGUGAAUUAGGGCUGUGUGUGUGUGUGUAAAAGACGACAUAGCCCUGAAUAAUUUUCCGGUUGAUUGAAAACUCAGUGCUUUAUAACUUGAUCGCCCAAUUUUUUCUUGUGCAAUAAGAAAAGGGGUUCAUCGCAAUUGAACACUACAUGGCAAGUAACUAAGAAUAAUGCCAAAGGUGAAGACAAACCGUGUGAAAUAUCCAGAGGGGUGGGAACUGAUUGAACCAACACUUCGUGAACUGCAAGCUAAGAUGAGAGAAGCUGAGAAUGAUCCCCAUGAUGGGAAAAGAAAAUGUGAAGCAUUAUGGCCUAUUUUCAAAAUAGCACAUCAGAAGAGUCGCUACAUUUUUGACCUUUACCACAGGAGGAAGGAAAUCUCAAAGGAGUUGUACGAGUUUUGCUUGGAGCAAGGCCAUGCUGACCCUAAUUUGAUUGCAAAAUGGAAGAAGCCUGGUUAUGAACGUCUAUGCUGUUCAAGGUGCAUGCAACCCAGGGAUCACAACUUCCAAACAACUUGUGUUUGUCGAGUCCCCAAGCAUCUGAGAGAGGAAAAGGUUAUAGAGUGCGUGCAUUGCGGUUGCAAGGGGUGUGCUAGUGGAGACUGAUCUGCCUUUCUUCUGGAGUGUAACUAUUUGACAAGUCAUUGCCUAUUUUAUAACUAUGUAAAAGGUCUGAAACAUCUCAAUCACGGGAUAAUAUCUAUGAGACCCAUGUCUGGUGUACUGUAGAGCUUAUGCAAUCUAGAUAUGUUUUUAUGCAAUCUAGAUAUGUUCUGCCUAAUGUUGUGGAUAUUUUCGUGUUGUGAAUUGUGAUGAUCUACUGAACUUGCUAGUAAAAA